UGUUUCUUGCCCUGUUGAAGAUCUAGGAUCCGGAUCAAGAAUCACUGAACAAAUUUCAAGCUUGAACCAAAAAUCACAGACGCCAACACAGAACAUGGAAUCCCUGACAGUGAUGGUGCUCAAAGCAACAGACCCAUUUGAGUAUAAAACACCAAAAAAUGAAGUAAAGAACAUGUUUCAUGCUAUAGUGGCUACAGAGAACCAGUAUUUCCAUGUGAAAGUUUUCAACAUCUCCUUGAAAGAGAAGUUCACAAAAAAUAAUUUUAUCAUCAUUUCCAAUUACUUGGAGAACAAAGGAAUCCUAGAGAUCAAUAAAACUUCCUCUGUGUCUGAGGCUACUCCUAACCAAAAGAUUGAAGUGCCCUAUGAUAUUAUCAAAAGUGCAAAUGACAGUCCUAAGAUCUGGGAUAUUCGAAAGGGUGCUGCUAAUGCAGAGUUUUAUGGAUUGUUUACAUUAUAUAAGAAAACAGUGAAAAAAACGAAUACAUACUAUGAAAUAAAAGAUGCUUCCGGAAGUAUAGAAGUGGUGGGGAGAGGAAAGUGGUUUGACAUCAGCUGUAAGGAAGGAGAUAAACUCCAACUCUUCUGCUUUCACUUGGAAUCAAUGAAGAGCCAACCAACGUUAGUCUGUGGAGAACACAGCUUCAUCAAGAUACUUGAUAAAUCUUGUACUCAUCUUAAAAAUGCACAAUAG